CAGAGCAAGGAAGUGUGGCGCAGUUCAAAGUUCGUCUUUCCAAUUACUGGUGGCAGAAAGCAGAUGAGUAGUCACCAUUAAUAUUUAAGGCUCAAUUUUUAGCUACUUCUUUUUAUAUCAAUGGUUUCUAAUUUCCCUGACGUGUGGACGCUGUUGUCAGAUGCUCGCCGCCGGUACGGUGAGCUGUUCGCGGAAGAACCUCCCCAAGCGGCGGCAUGUGCUCCGGGCAGAGUCAAUCUGAUCGGGGAGCACACUGACUAUAACCAGGGAUUUGUUCUUCCAAUGGCGCUUCCCUUUGUGACCGUGGUGGUUGGAGGUCCAACCUCUGGCCAGGAAGUUACCGUGGUAACCACAGCGGUGGACACUGAUGAACCCCGGAGAGUUGACUUCACCUUGACAGGCGAUGGAUGCUCUCUGUCGCCAGGGUUACCUCGCUGGGCAAACUAUGUGAAGGGUGUCAUACAGCACUACAGGGCUCCUGGUCUCCCAAAUUUCAGAGCAGUGGUAGUUAGCAGUGUCCCGCUGGGUGGAGGACUGUCUAGCUCUGCCUCUCUGGAGGUGGCCUUCUACACCUUCCUGCAGCAGCUCAAACCAGAUGAUGGAGAGAAACUGGAAAAAGUGCUGGCAUGUCAGCAGGCUGAGCACACCCAUGCUGGUGUACCAUGUGGUAUUAUGGACCAAUUUGUGUCUGUUUUUGCCAGGGAGGGACAGGCUUUACUCAUUGACUGCAGGUCUCUAGAAGCCACCUCAGUCCCUCUGGCAGAUCCAGGCUUGGUCAUCCUCAUUACCAACUCUAACGUAAAGCACUCACUGACUGGCAGUGAGUACCCAACAAGACGCAGACAUUGUGAACAGGCUGCCUCUGUACUGGGAAAAGACAGUCUGAGAGAUGUUACAAUAAAAGAACUAGAAGAGGCCAAGGACAAGCUGGAUGAUGUAACUUAUCGAAGAGCUCGUCAUGUUAUUGAGGAAAUACAGAGGACUGUCCAAGCUGCUGAAGCCCUAAAGAAAGGGUCCUACAAGGAAUUUGGCCAGCUCAUGGUGGAAAGUCACAAUUCCCUGAGGGACCUGUAUGAGGUGAGCUGCAAAGAACUGGAUGAACUGGUUUCUGCCGCCAUGGAGGUAGAGGGGGUCUUCGGCAGUAGAAUGACUGGUGGAGGGUUCGGGGGAUGCACCGUGACUUUGCUACAGGCACAUGCCAUUGACAUGGCCAUACUACACAUCCAGAAAAGGGGGUCACAACAAAAUGGCGGGUUGAGCAGCUGUGUUUAAGACAAACUACGGCUGUGCCAUGGACAUCUCCACUCAAAAUAAAAGAGAAUGGGACAACUUUGCACCCUCAGCGUCAAGCAAGAGAAAAGCGAUUCAGGUUGGUUGAAGAGGAAGAAGCGGAGGAAUACAGAGCUAAAACAGUCUCAUAAUUCACAAAUGCACAGGACAAGAUCCACAAAUGCACAAGUCGAGAUACAUGCUUUUAUCCAAUGCCUUUUCUUUUUGCUACAUCUUUUAUCACUUAAAAUAAGCUCACAAACUAUUGCUAUUGCUUCUACGUUGUCAGCCCUGUUUGUUUACUCUAUAUACACGUGUGAUAAAGUAGGUUUUUACUGUAUUUUCUGGAAUCUGAAGGUUGGUCAGAGAAAUCAUUUUGUGUGAAGUGUGUUGCUCUUGCCGUGUGGCUCAACACCAUAUAUCCCACGAUCGAACAUGAAUUUUUGCCUGGUGAGUAAAAGUAAAAAACGCACUGGCUUUUAAAAAUACUUAAGUAGUAAAAGUACUUGCUGAAUGCAUUACCUAAUCGCUAAUACAAUAUCAGUAAGUGUACCUAUCGUAUUUAAUUUUAAUACAUCAGUAAUGUGCCAUUUUAAUGAACACUGCCACAGAUAAAGCAUGUUGUUAUUGUGUUUACUCUCUGUAACAUAGUUUAGAUUUAGAUAUGUGAUUCUAUGCAUCAUAAUUUCAGGGAUGGAAACAUCUUGUCUCCUGUCCUAACAUAGCAUGAACUUCACUUUGAAAGAAAUCCAACAGGAAGGGAAUGGAAAGAAGGUGGGUGGGGGAGGACAUGCAACAAAGGAGCCAUGUAGCAGUGUUGUAGUCAAGACCACCUAACCUGAGACCAAGUCAAGACAAAAAGUAUGUUUUUCAACAUAUUUCUUUUGCCAUUUCUUGAAUCAAAUGAUGUUAAUAUUUACUGUGAAAACAUGUAAAUAUGCUCCCCGCACUACAUGACACAAUAAAAUGAAGUGUACCUAUCAAAAUUGCUUCUCAAAUUGAUCUGAAAGAUUCACAUUCCCAUAAAAACGCCUAGAUAUUAAAUACUUAGAGCUGAAAUUAAUUUAACCAGUAUCAUUAUCAAUUCAAACUCUUCUUCAUUCUGCUUUGCUUCCAUCUCUGUGCCACAAUCCGCAGAAGUCUCCUGCCACUCCUAAUAAGAUAACUCCCUGGGCAGUUGCCCUUGUCAGAAACCACCACUGUCUGCACCAUUAAACAUAGCAAUUAAGACAAUGCUAUAAUGGUAAACAAAGCUCAACUAUGAACACAGUCCAAGGCGCAAGAAGUAACCCAUGACUGUUCUCACCCUUGCUCCCGCUGCAAUGUCUGCCACCAUCACAGGUGACGAAAACAAUCAAAUAGCAAUGAGCAUGCUCUUGUUGGGUUCUGCAGGGGAGUGGUUUCUCUACAUUUACAGGGUGGCAGGCUGACGGGAUCCAGCUGGUGCUCAUCAUCACCAAUCAGCAAAGGCCAUAGGAGCGGCUUCCCUGAGGCAGACGCCAGAUGGUUUUGCUUCAACAGUAGUACACUUUAGCUCUCUGUGCUGCAUUUAUUGUGUUUAACUUGUUUCUAAUUCCUCUCCCAUCUAUUCCCUCCUCAUAGUACCAACUCUGACCACUCUCUGGUGCUCACACUAACCUGAAUUACCUGAUCCUCACGGCUUCGCUAUGCCUUGCCCCUGGAUACCUCCAUGACCACCAGCCAGCUGCUGCCUGUCCACCCUCAGUCUCCUGCUGGAACUCCUCCACCUGGAAACCUCACACUGUACCAACUGCUGGAAAACCCAUGUACCCACCUCUGCUCAUCCUAACCCUGAGACCAUAAGCCAUCACCAGGUUACACCAUCAUUCCCUUCAGUUGCUUCCCUGUUUAACCACUCACCUUUUCUCAGUUCCUCCUCUGGCCUGGUUCCUCCCUGCUGCUCCAGAUCAACGCCCCUCCAUUCUCUCUCCAUUGCACUUAACUAUUCAAUAAAUCUGUUAAACUGUG